CUGGGCUGGCGCAGCUAAGGGUCACGCGGGGCCCAGAAUAGCUGCAGACAGCGCCCGGCCGAGGCCGAGGCUGGGGGCCAAGGACACAGCCUCUGUCCCUUCUGCCCUUAUGAGCUGGUCCUCAGAGGAUUUCGGGGGGCAGGAGUCGCCCCCGGGAGACAGACACCCCCUGUGCGCCAGGCUGGUGGAGCGCCCCAGUGGUGGGGCUUCCGGGGAGUCCCCGGGGCCCAUCGUGGCCCGCUUGGCCUCGGGGCCUGCGCUGGCCUUCUGGCGCGCGGUGCUGGCCGGGGACACAGCCUCCGUGGCCCUCAUCCUCGCUGACCCCGACUCAGGCCUGGGCCCUGACUCCGUGUUUGACACUAGUGACCCCGAACGCUGGAGGGAUUUCCGUUUCAACAUCCGUGCCCUGAGACUCUGGUCCCUGACCUACCAGGAGGAGCUGACCACGCCGCUGCACGUGGCUGCCAGCCGGGGCCACACCGGGAUCCUGCAGCUGCUCCUGAGGCGGGGGGCCCGGCCCGACAGUGCCCCUGGGGGCCGCACCGCCCUGCACGAAGCCUGCAGUGCCGGCCACGCCGCCUGUGUCCGUGCCCUGCUGGUGGCCGGUGCCGACCCCAACCUGCCAGACCAGGACGGGAAGCCCCCCCUGCAUCUGUGCAGGGGCGCCGGCUUGCUGGAGUGUGCAGAGCUGCUACUGAGGUUUGGGGCCAGUGUGGAGGGCAGGUCCGAGGAAGAAGAGGAGACACCUUUGCAUGUGGCUGCACGGCUGGGCCAUGUGGAGCUGACAGCUCUGCUCCUGAGCCGGGGGGCCUGUCCUGACACCCGUGACGCCGAGGGCGGGACGCCCCUGCUGGCCGCCUGUGAUGCCCGCAGCACGUGCCCCGCCACCGCCGAGGCCACCACUGCCCGCUGCCUGCAGCUCUGCCAGCUGCUGCUCUCCGCAGGGGCGGAUGCGGACGCGGCGGACAGGGACAAGCUGCGGCCCCUGCACCUGGCCUGUCGCCGGGGCCACGUGCCCGUGGUGGAGCUGCUCCUGUCGUUUGGCGUCAGCGUCAAUGCCAUGGACUACGGGGGGCACAUGGCCCUGCACUGUGCCCUCCAGGGGCCCCCCGCCGCUGUGGCCCAGAGCCCCGAGCUGGCCGUGCGUGCCCUACUCAACCAUGGGGCGGUCCGGGUGUGGCCAGGAGCCCUCCCCAAGGUGCUGGAGCGCUGGUGCACGUCCCCAAGGACCAUCGAGGUCCUGAUGAACACCUACAGCUCAGUCACGCUGCCUGAGGACGCUCGGAGCCUGGUGCCCCCCGAAACCCUGCAGGAGCACCAGCGUUUCUACACCUCCCUGUUCGCCCUGGUGCGACGGCCCCGCUCCCUACAGCACCUGAGCCGCUGUGCCAUCCGCGAGCACCUGGCCGCCCGCCUGCCCAGCGCUCUGCCCCGCCUGCCGCUGCCUCCGCGCCUACUUCGCUUCCUGCAGCUGGAGUUUGAAGACGUGCUCUACUAGCAUAAAAAUAAAAUAAAU